AUGGUUAGGCAAGAAGACUAUGACCAAUAUGGUAAUUUCUUACAAGCUGAUUCUAAUUUUGUGGAACCAUUUUUAAGUGGGUCUCAAAAUCCUUCAAUGCCCAUCCAGUCUUUACCGGAAGUUGAAAUUGUCACCUCUAAACGUGGUGGCAACUUCAGUGUAGAUGAGGACCUCCUCCUCAUCGUUGCAUGGCUUAACAUUGGCAUGGAUGCUGUGCAUGGUACUGAACAAAAGGGUGACAAAUUUUGGACGAAAAUUUGGGAAUUUUUUUGCGCGAACAAUACUUACGGAACUACACGUUCUAGUACCUCCCUAUCAAGUCGAUGGGGAAAUAUUAAUAGGGAGACAAGUAGGUUUGCUGGGUUCAUGGCUAAAGUUGAAGCUCGAGAUAAAAGCAGUACAACUAACGAGGACAAGUUGAAAAAGGCAAAGGAACUAUGUAAAGCUACACCAAAUCCAACAUCCGGCAAAUACCUAGCUUUUGUUUAUGAACAUUGUUGGGUUGAGUUGAAGAACCAACCAAAGUGGAGUAUGCCUAAGGAAAGAUCAAAAAGGCUCCCUCAAACUCCAAGUUCAAUCGAUCAAGUUGAUAGUAAUGAUGAUGACACAGUGGUACUAGAGAGACCAAUUGGUAGAAAAGCCGAAAAGGCUAAGCGAAAGAGGACAGAUGGUGAUAAGGGAUUCGAUGAUUAUUUGGCGAAAAAAUUGCAGUAUAUUCAGGCAUCACAUGAACAAGACCAAGAGGCUUUUCGCAUCAAAGAGGAAAAGCUUCGUCUUAAAACUAAUAGGGAGGAGGGAAGAAUAAUAACCAUGGAUACAAGUGGCAUGAAUGACAAAGAAAGACUUUAUUUUGAAAAUCUCAAGGAUCAAAUCCUUGCAAGACAAGUUGGAGUUGACCCAAGGAACAUUUAUUUGUCUGUUGGGAAGGGGAAUUCGUCAUGGUUUUUGGCUUUCACACUUUCACACCAGCUGACACAGAAUCUUUUUCGGAGGAGAUUUCGGAUGAGUCGGAAUCUUUUUCUCCGUAUUCAGCAUGAGGUAGAGCCAUAUGGAUCUUACUUUAUCCAAAAAAGAGAUAAUGCCCAAAAAUGGGGUUUAUCUUCUCUUCAAAAGAUAACAGCUGCACUUAGGAUGCUUGCGUAUGGAGUUACAGCUGAUUUUAUGGAUGAGUAUGUGCGAAUUGGAGAAUCCACUGCAAUGAAAAGUCUGAAAAAAUUUGUUAAAGCGGUGCUUGAUAUUUUCUCCAAGGAAUACUUGAGGUCUCCAAACAACGAAGACAUUGCUAGACUUUUAGCCAAUGGGGAAAGACAACGAUCUCCUAUAUUUUCUGAGCUCGAACAAGGACGUGCUCCUGCAGUUAAUUACUCAAUCAAUGAUCAUGAGUAUACAAUGGGAUACUACCUUGCCGAUGUCAUAUAUCUGAAGUGGUCAAUAUUCGUUAAAACAAUUCCAUCUCCACGAGGACACAAAAACAAAUUAUUUGCAAAAGCCCAAGAGGCGAAUAGGAAGGAUGUAGAGCAUGCAUUUGGAGUGCUUCAAGUAAGAUUUGCAAUUGUGCGUGGACCUACAAGAUUUUUCCAUAGUGAAACACUUCAAGACAUCAUGAAAGCGUGUGUAAUUCUUCAUAACAUGAUCGUUGAAGAUGAACGAGAUGUAAAUGAAGCGGUGGAAUUAGAUUAUGAGCAAAUUAAUGACAAUCCUACUAUACAACUGUCACGGGAGAACACAUACAUUUACGGAGUUCAUUGA